UUUGCGUCGUAAAGUGGGAGGACAAGUUUCACUCGUUCCGGGAACGCCCGCACGUACACGGCCGCGAAGCUGCAAGAGCUGGCCCUCAAGCCGCGAAACAUGACCUAGGAGCAGAGCGCGGCAGCGCCCAUCGGCGCGCUCGCUGCCUACCAAGCGCUCUUCGAUUACCGCCUCCUUGUUGAGCCAAACAUGAACGACUGGGGCCGGACGCCUCCGGGCCUGGCCUCCAACCGAUGGAAGAGCAUCCUGAUCACGGGCGCCGCGACACCAGUCGGUGUGUGGGCCGUCCAGCUCGCGAAGCUUGCCGGCGCCGCCCGCGUCGUCGGGACUUGCCACGCCAACGAUGUGAAUCUAGUUCUCGAGCUCGGCGCGCACGAGGCGUACGACUGGGAGGGAGAAGGCAGCCUGAAAGACUGGCGCAAGGGGCAUUUCUCCGUCGUUCUCGACCUCAUGGGCGGCGUGACGCUGACCCGAGCCUGGAGGCUUGUGGCCGGGCGCGGCAUGAUCCUCAGCCUUGCGGGCAACGCGCGAGAGGCGAAGCCCAACCUGGUGAAUCAGCUCAUCACGUCGCUCGGCAGCUUCUCUUUCGGUAAUUCCCCGCGCUGUCUCGAGUUAGUUCGGUCGCUUGCGAGGCGCGGGCUGGUGAAGCCCGUCUGCGACCCGAAGGACGUGUUCGAGCUCGGCGACUUCGAGAAGGCGAUGCAGAGGCUGUCCAGCCACUCGCGCGGACAGGUGGUGCUGACGCUGGACUCGGAACCGCCCCUCGAGCUCAUCGACCAGCUCGACAUAUACGGCGACGUCUCUCUCCGGCGAGCGGAGAUCACCGCGGACAUGAUCGAGGAGGCCGAGGGGGAGGACGACGAGGAGCCCUUGGAGCUGCUUAGAUGGCUGGGCACCGUCGGCUCCAACGGCCCGAAUCUGGCGCAGCUCGCGCCGGAAGAGCUCAUGCCCCCGCCGACGCGCUUCCUCACCAAAAAGAUAAAGGACCGUGCGCGGUUGGGACGAAGGCGAGCUUCGGGGAAUGUCAUGCGCAGCGGGCCCGCCGCCCGUCAGCGACGCGGUGGGGUUGCUCCUUCGCCUGGGGAGGAGGGAACUCCGUCCCCUCCGUCCCAGUCUGUGGUCGACACCGGGCUGGUCGAACGGUAGCAUCUGCGAGGACUUGGUCUCUUUUGGACAUGCCGAUCGGAUCAGGCUAAGAGUGCCGGAUUGGAGGUGGUGAUAGAGGGAUAGAUUUACUAGAGACGCCAACGCAUCGUUUUGCUCGGGCUAUGC